AUGUGGACUUCGUGCCUUUUUUUGGCACUGUUCGUAACGGUUCAAGGACGAGCUGUGAACAUAAGCAACACGUGGGUGCUGCCAGAAGAAGGGUUUCCUGUAUUCUAUCGCUACUUCAAGGAUCGCAUUUCUUGGUACGAAGCUGAUGCAGUUUGCCAAUUCCACCACGCCAACCUUGUAACAGUCGACACAACAGCACAGUACGACGCAGUGAGGGCCUAUCUGAAGGAAUUGGAUAUAUCUAGUUCAGUUUGGGUCGGAUUAAUUAGAAGCAACCCCGAUGGAGACUUUACGUGGACUGACUAUAGAGAGCUGAGCGGUGAAGGGUAUUGGAGUUCAGCGCCUGACUCUCGUACUGCACCACUUUGUGCUGCGGCGGACCCAGCAGGAGAUUAUCGCUGGGAAGCUAGAGCCUGUGGUGGACCCUCUGUAGCUUCGUUUAUAUGUGAAUUACCAGUACCUCAAUGGGCGCUCGGAAACGAUGGCUGCAUGGUGAAAUCACUUCCGGCACUCACAGUUCUGUACCUGCCCGAAACUGCUGCAGUACAGCUUACAACAGACUGCGGUUUGGCCGGAGUGCGACGAAUCCAAUGUACCGGGAGCGCAAAACGCGAAGACCUUCUGAAAAACUUGUCUUGUUUCGUCGAAGACAGCUCGUCUACAACACCCAACCCUCAUGACUUGGGCGAUUCUUUGGCCGUUACAACGGAUAGUACAUUAUUUGAUAUAGAAAAUAAUGAAAUGACAACCGUCGAAAAUACAACAAGUCGCGGUGAUGGUGAACAAGCCAGUAAUAUGAAAAAGACAACAAUGCAGAGCUUUAUUUUAAACAAUCCCAAUCAAUUAACGGAAAAACAUUAUGAACGUAGUUCUAUGCCAGAUUUAAAUCUAAUAGAAAAUAAUAAUCUUUAUAAUAACAUACCAAACAUUCCAAGUGUAGUUUUUAAAGAUGAUUCACCAAACACUGAAUAUGAAAAUAAGUUAGAAGAUGACAGACAUUUUCAACAUAAACUAUUACAUGAUGAACUCGCGCGUCUUGGUAACUUUGAAACUUUAUUUAAUCAAGAAUCAGAUCAUUUUAUACCGCCACUUGUAAUGGCUAAGGCAAAAUUGAGUAACGAUAUGACUGCGAUUUCUUUUGAAGAAAAACUCGCACAGGAGCAUGAUAACUACCAAUUUAUGAAACAAUCAAAUGAUAUGAUGAAAACAAUAAAUACCGAUAGUGAAAAUACUACAUUAGAUCAAAAACAACUUACUGACAAGGAGAAUACUAAAAAGUUAACACCGAAAAAAUACAACUAUAAAACAACAAAAUAUAUCGAUGCAAAGCGAAAAUCAAUUCCAAUAUUGAAUCUGAAAAAAUCUGUGGCUGAUAUAUCACUUCUAUCGACUACUUUGUUGACCACAACAAGUACUGAGAUUCCUACUGUUGGACACACUGAUUUUGCAAAAAAAGCAGACUCACGUGAUAAAGAUGACACUUCUAUAGAACUGACAGUUAUAAUUAGAGAACCCACUGAUGUACUUGAUGACUCACAUAAUAAUACUUCUAAUAUGUCCGUACAGACUAUAGAAACUGCAUAUGAUAUUUUAAACGUGACGUCAGAAUUACACGACGAGGCAGAAGAACGUGUUAAUGUUGUUACUGUACCUAACCUUAUCAUAUUAAAUGAUGACAUUAUUAAUAUAACAUUAGGUAGUAGUUUCUUUGAAGGGACUGGGAACGAAAGUAAAGCUUUGGACAAUUUGGAUACCACAAUUAAUGUGCUUCAGAAUAUUUCAAAACAAUCAGAUAAUCCAGAAUUUUUUCAAAAUACUUUAAAUGUUCAUAUUAAUUCUACUCCAACAGAUAUAAUAAUACAAACAGGUAACAACAUACCCACAGACUCGACUGAAAACAAUUUCAAUAACACAAACACGAGUACUGACAGUUAUUUAGGUAACCACGAACUUCAAGAAGGACCUUUAUUGGCUGAUAUGGUUCUGAUCAAUAUUACUCAAGAUAUAACUCCUAACAUAGUUAUUGAUAAUAUCACACAGUUUACAACUUCCUUCGAAAACGUGGAAAGCAAUAUUGAACAACAUUCAAGCAAUAAUUCUAGUGACGAAGAUAUGGAUGACUUUCAGUCUCCAUUAUUUUCUGGCGCAGAUGAGCCUAUUCACAAACCCCUUCGAUCGCGAAGGCCACAGACUGCUCAGAAUCGAGCUAAGAAAUUUAAUCCUUUCCGCAUAUUAGGUUAG